CAUUGACACCUGUGAGUCUCUGAAGAUGAGGCACUUCGUUGGGCACAGUCAGCCUGUACCCAAUAGGUGCCAGACUCAGAGAAGUAAGAAAAAAGCAAGUGCAUACUAUCUCUCUCUCUCUCUCUCUCUGUCUGUCUCUCUCUCUCUCUCUCACACACACACACAUACAAAAACACACAAACACACACCGGAUCUCCAAAACCAUCACCACCGGUGAUGUCAAGGCGGGCAGGGGCUCUUAGAAAAAAAAAACUUUUGGGCUCCACAGGAGAGAGAAAGAGAGGGAGAGGGAGAGGGAGAGAGAGGGAGCAGUGAAUGGAGGAGGACAUUCCACCCAGUGUGCAUGUACCGGUGUACAGAAGCAGCAUCGCUCACAGACGUGCAACAUUGCCAAGAGGAUCCGACGCACGGUGGUGGGACAUUGAUGGACUGAUAUUUUCACCGCAUUAUUACCAUUAUUAAUAGACUUGUUAUUUUGGGGGAAAACUCAUCUAUUUAGGUGGACACGUUUUUGGACAGGACUUUUUCUUAUUACUCUGACACCUUGCAUCAACAUUUUGGGAAAGGACGCAAUAAUGGACAGGUAAAAAUAAAAAGAGAGGAAACUUUGGACAAGUUCAUUUCAAAAGGACAUUUUGUUUUCCAAGAUUAGGAUAUUUACCGCAAAUUGUAAACCUAAGCCUUUCUCAGGGUGAUUAAAUCGGUCUUUUUUUUAUUCCGCGAUGAAUUAAACAACCUUUAGUCUUCCUUUAACUCUUCUGCGUAUAAAGUACAAGGCAAGCAGUUUGACGUUAUAGUAACAUCUAUAUUUAUUCCACUUUUGUCAGUGUGCCAGGUGAUGCUGACAUGUGUCGACAGCAUGGAUAAGAGAAAGGCGCAGAUUUGCGUCUGAAGCUCCGCGCAAAGUGCAAGAAAGAGGAAGAGAGGGGAGUCAGUGCAGCUGCAGCAACAAAAGAGCUGAACUCAUUCAGAAUGUUUUUUCCUAAACCUGACAUCCAUCCACACUCUUUACAAAUAUAAUACGAAAUAUACUCAGACCAAAUUUAUGCACGAACUCCUGCACUGAUAACGGCCUUAUAUUCAGUUAAAAUAGUUAGUGUUGAUGUGAAACGCCAUUAUUAUCUCCGCCUAAAUUGUCAUAUUCAUACAAUACAUCACUAUAAAUAUAUUGUAGAGUUUCCAAAAGAUGUUGUUGAUCAGACUACUGGUUAUCCUCCUGACUCUGAACGCAAACACGUGGCCCAGUCCGGUUCAUUCCGACGCGCUCAGUUACAAACGUGCCAUUGCGCAGCGGGCCGACCGCGAGCUCUCCAGGCUGGCAGGUGAACCCUGCACGGUCUCCGGCGUCUCCAGGUCCUGGAGACAGCCUCGCUCCAUCUUUUCGUCCCAACACCGCCCUCCAGCGGUCUAUGCAAGGACAGACACCAGCCUCAGAGCGCUGCGCGCUGCAAGGAGCGCGCCUGCGGUCAAUGCGGGAGGAUGCGAGGGUGAUGCCGAGGUCGAGGAGAAGGAAAGUUGGCGGGACGAUGAGGAUGUGGACAACGGAUUUGUCACGUCACCUGAACGGCAGCAUGUGGACAACCGUGACAGCAGAGACCAGGAUUUUGUUAAGGACGCUGCCACCAAAGGACCUGUGCGUAAAGCUGGCGGCCAGAGCGCGGUGCCACGCGGCUCUGGCUUCAGACGCGCGCGCAGUCUAUUCGACACGGAGCCUUACGAAAAAGCGCAGCUGCAGCUGGAUACAGCUGUGGAGGACGACUACUCUGGGGAGAUGGAGGAAGCCGACCCAACGGUGAGCCUGCCCACCAGCAGCUCCUCUCCGUGGGGUGGCUCCGUACCCACGGUGCCCCCUACCUGGAUGACAGCCCUGUACUUCAGCGGGCGUCGGGAGCAGCUGAAGCUGAAGACGUCAGUGAGAGUGGACCUGCCCAGGGAUAAGUUCAGCCUGGAACUCUGGGUGAAACCUGAAGGAGGACAGAGCAACCCUGCAGUCAUAGCAGGUGUAUUUGACAACUGUUCCCACACCUUGAGUGAAAAGGGCUGGUCAGUAGGAAUACGCACUGUGGAACCUGCUGGGACUAAAGACGCGAGGUUCUACUUCACCCUGCGGACUGACCGAGCAGUGAAUUCUACUACUGUCUACAGCCACAAACGAUACCACGCCAACGUCUGGACUCAUCUGAUGGCCACUUACAAUGGUCACAACAUGAUCCUGUAUGUUGAUGGAGCCAAGGUGGGAGAAAGCAGUCUCCAGUCUGGGAACCUGUACAGCUCCUUCAUGAGUACCUGCAGAACUUUCUUUCUUGGCAGUAACCAGUCAGACCAGGGCUACAGUUAUAGGGGUCACGUAGGAGGUUUGAUUUUAUGGGACCACGCUCGCUCUCAAGCAGACCUGCUGAAGCAGCCACCUCAAAAUGACCAGAGCGAACCGAUCCUGGCAAUGUGGGCUGACUUCACUAAUGUGGAAGACCUUUGGACUUCACAUAAAUCUGGUCUCCAUCCAGCCAUCAUCAUCACUCCAGUCCCUGAACAUCAACCUGUCUCAUCCUUUCUGCCGCCACCUUGUGGCCUGACACCCUGUGACAACACAGACAUCGUCUCAAGCUACAACAACAGCUGGCAGCUUCGUUCCACCAAACAGGUUCGCUACAGGAUCGUCAACCUUUCCAACGAUGACGGUGGGAACCCUACGGUGACACAAGCCCAAAUCCAGCUGCAGCACUGGGCUCUGACCGAGGCCUUCCGCCCCUACAACAUCACCCUAGAUCUGAGCGUGCACAUGGUGGGAAACUCCAGCCUCAGACAGAGGUUCACCCUCAGCAACUGUCGGAUUGGCAAAAUAGGUAAUCGCAGAUGUGACCCAGAGUGUGACCAUCCGAGGACGGGCCAUGAUGGAGGCGAUUGCUUGCGACUUGGGCCCUGCUACAACUGGAAGAGGCAGGACGGUGUUUGUAACAUGGAGUGCAACAGUAUACUGUAUGACUACGAUGACGGAGACUGUUGUGACCCUGAGGUGACGGACGUCCUCAAGACCUGCUUUGAUCCAGAGUCUCCUGACAGGGCCUAUAUAAGUGUGAAAGAGUUAAAAGAGGAGCUCAACCUGAGCAGCGCUGACACACUCAAUGUUUUCUUUGCCAACAACUCAGUACGAGAAGAGCUGGCAGGAGCUGCAACCUGGCCGUGGGCAAAGGAGGCACUGACCCACCAAGGUGGGAUGGUGCUCAACCCCUCCUACUUUGGCACCCCUGGUCACACCAACACCAUGAUCCAUGAGAUGGGACACAUCUUUGGCCUGUACCAUGUGUUCAAAGGGGUGAGCGAACGGGAUUCCUGUGAUGACCCAUGUCAGGAGACUCAUCCUUCCAUGGAGACAGGAGAUCUGUGUGCUGACACUGCUCCAACACCUAAAUCCAAAGCCUGCCAUGAUCCUGGAGUUGUCAACGACACCUGUGGAGUCACCAAGUACCAGAACACUCCAUACAGCAACUUUAUGAGCUACACAGAUGACAACUGUACGAACCAUUUCACUCCCAACCAAGUGGCCAGGAUGCACUGUUAUCUAGACAUGGUCUACCAGGGAUGGCUACUGGACCGUGACCCUGCCUCCAUCCCCCUGCCUCCGAUAGUAACUGACCAGAGUCCAGAUUCUGUCUCCAUCUACUGGUUGUCUCCUCUCAGAGGACGUCUUUACCAAAGCUCUUCAGGUCACACGUCUGGAGUCAACUGUGGAGACUGUGACACGGACGGUGUUUUCCACCAGUUUGCCUCUGAGGCUGCGUCUCCUCGCAUCUGUGAUACAUCAGGCUACUGGACACCGGAGGAGGCUGUCGGCCCACCUGAUGUGGAGCAGCCCUGUGAGCUCAGUCUCCAGGCCUGGAGCCCUGAGCUGAGCCUGUACGACACUAACGUCACCUCACCAUGUCCUGACACGGAGGGCUGCACCCUAACACUGAGGUUCCUCCACCCCGUCGUCCCACGCACACUCACUCUGUGGGUCACCUACAUCUCAUCAAGUAACCCAGCCGUGGCUAACAUAGAGCUGAUGACAGACACAGGGAAAACCAUCAGCCUGGGUGCCCAGCACGUCUUCUGUGACACGCCCCUCACCUUACGUCUAAACACCAACAACGCUGCCAUCGCUGCCAUAAAACUCUGCACCUUCGAUGAGAAGAUGGAGAUCGAUGCAGCCAUGCUGUCCUCAGGCCCCGGCUGCUCUCUGUGCUCCAACUGUGUGCCUUUGCUCUACAGGAUACAGCGACAGCCUCCGUUCACCAGCAGGAGCCCCCCACCUCAGACUCAGCAGAGCUUCACUGACAGCUCUGUGACCAGAGGAGUCCAGUACAGUUACACAGUCCAGGCGGAAGCUGACGGUCUUGUCAGCGCUCCGUCGCCACCGCUCUCCUACACCCACGGACAGUCCUACUGUGGAGAUGGCGUCGUACAAGGGACAGAAGAAUGUGACGACAGAAAUCUGUUGGAUGGUGACGGCUGCUCCAAGAAAUGUCACAAGGAGCAGGGAUUCAAAUGUCAUGGUGAACCCAGUCAGUGUUAUGUAUUCCAUGGCGAUGGUGUGUGUGAGGAGUUUGAGCGAAACUCCAGUAGGCAAGACUGUGGCUACUUCACACCGCUGGGCUACACCGACCAGUGGGCAACCACUGCUACUGCGUCCCAUCAGGACCCCAUCCACUGCCCCGCUAAUGCCGCUACAGGGGAGCCAUCAGUUCACAAGCUGUGCAGGUACCAGCACCCAGAUGUGGCCGACAUGUUGGCACCGAAAGGCUGGUUCCCCUGUACGGCCCAGACGGACACAAACAACGACAUCGAACACCCGUUUUGGCUGAAGGUGGGGUUUGCUCACCCUGGGGUGGCAGCCUCCGUCAUGGUCUUCCUGGCAUCAGAUGGUUCAGUUUCUGGAGAUCAGUGCCGAAGCACCGCCACCAUCUUCCUGUCUGACACUACAGGCAAAAACCAUUCCUUAGGGGCACAUAACCUGUCAUGCCAUCGGAACCCUUUAGUGGUCAAUGUGACCCAUGACCUCUCCCGACCUUUCUUCCUCACGGCCUCAGUCAUCCUGCUCUUCUCUUCCCACUUCGUGGCCGUGGGAGGUGUAGCUCUGAGGACUUCCUGUCAUUUUAGCACCUUCGCCCUGACCGGCUGUUUGCGGCAGCCGUGCCAGAUGGACAGCUGCAGUCUGCCUCACUUAGAGCACGCCUCGGUCAGGUGUAGUGGAGGAGGAGAAGCCUCUCGCUGCUCUGUUCAGUGCCAUCGUGGCUUCACCGUCACCGUCCUGAAUGGCAAGAGAGUGGCAGCCAAUCAGAGGAAGACAGAGCUGGAGUGUUUCCACGGAUCUUGGGAUCGUAUCGUUAGCUGUCAGCCUGUGGAUUGCGGCGUGCCGGAUGAGUCCCACGUCUACCACGCCAUAUUCAGCUGCCCUUGGGGAACUACGUUUGGUAAACAGUGUUCAUUCACCUGUGGAUCACCAGCCAUACUUCAAGGCGACAGUGACAGGUUAGUGUGUCUGGAGGACGGACUCUGGUCUUUCCCAGAAGCCUACUGCAAGAUCGAGUGUCCAGAGGUCCCACAGCCCCCCCACAGCAGGCUGCUGACACCACAGUGUCUCGUCUCCGGUCAUGACAUCGGGUCUUUCUGCCGUUUCAAAUGUAACCCAGGUUUCUACGUCACAGGGAGCUUAACCAGGAAGACCCCCAGGAAGUACUUCAAGUUGGAGUGCCUGCGGGAGGGUCAGUGGGAGGAGACGGGCUGUGAACCCAUAUCCUGCCCGGCGCUGCCUGUUGUUUUCCAGGGCAUGUACACCUGCACCGACGGUCUGUACUACGACAGCUGCUGCACCCUGCAGUGUCUGGACCAAACAGAAAAUAAGAAAAUUUGCUGCACGAAGGACGGGGGCUGGACAGCGGAGUUCAGCAUGUGCCGCAACCUCCAGGGCUCCUGCCCCCCCCCUCAGAAUCUGAACUCUGUGGAGUACACCUGUCAGCAGGGACUGGACGUCGGUGCUGCCUGCUACCCAUCAUGUGUUGUGGCCCUGGACAUGGACCUGCACGACCCCGUGGCUCUUGCCAACGGUACGACAUCAGACACGUUACGGCACUGGAUGCUGCCCGUCAAAGUUCAGAGCAUCGUCUGUACGGGGAGGAUGAAGUGGUUUCCUGAUCCUCAGCUCAUCCACUGCAUCCCAUCAUGUGAGCCCUUCGGAGGGGACGGCUGGUGUGACACCACCAACAACCGGGCGUACUGCCAGUACGACGGGGGAGACUGCUGCCCGUCCACACUCUCCACCAGAAAGGUCAUUCAGUUCGGGGCCGACUGCAAUCAGGACGAGUGCAGUUGUCGUGACCCGGGCGCCGAGGAGAACAAGAACAGAACCGCGUCCUCGGACAGAGGAGGAGGAAGUGGAGCUGCAGCAGGAGGAGCGCAGUGAGAUCGGAGAUUUAAGAAAAAAAACAAAAAAAAAACACAGACUGUUUACCGCAACAAUCAGAAAAAGGAGUCCGAGAAAUGAGUCAGAGAAAUGAGUCAUCAUCAGGUCUUAUAAUGUGAUGAAAGGUGUAAAAAAAAGAGAGAAAUUUUGGUUUUUUUUAUACAAGCUAAUGAAGCACAAAAACAUCUUAAAGUGGAAGUUUGUGUUUCUUGUUCCAAAGCUAAUGGUUUUUUUCUCAGUGCUGUAUUUGUAGCAGGACAUUUUCAGUCUGACUCAAAAAGUUAAGUAUCAUUUUGAUGUAAUCCUGCACAAAUCAUGUAGGAAAAAUGGCAUCAAGUUCUGUGGCAUGUAGAAAAAAAAAGAAAGAAAAAUCUCAUAGAACUAUUUCUGUGUAACAUUUAAACCAAAGCAGCGUCGUGGGAGUUCAAAUGUGUUCUUUUACCUUUGAAUUUUUACCUCAAAUUUAGAUUGAAAAUCUCCUGAGUCACUUCAUCGUCACCACUCUCUCAGAAACAGACGGUCUUUUUCUCACCCAUCAGAUGGUCGCUCUGCUGUGAAGCUGUGAGAGGAAACAUAUCUGUAAAGACUAACAUGUAUAGACCAUAAUAUAUUUUGAUCAACUGCAGUAUUUACUGACCCACAUAUACUCCGUCUCAUACUUUAUUCUAUCGCACACAUAUCGUAAAAACAACAUUUACCUGUACCAUAGUUUCUGCUUCAUUUUUUUGUUUUACCGUCUUCAGACCAAAUAAAAACAAGUCAUAAUAAAUGUGAACAUGUUGAAGGAGAAGCACUGACGCGUCGUCACGUUCCAAAGAUGAAAAACACACCAAACAAAAAAACAUGAAAAAAAUGAAGGUUUUUUAUUUUAUUUUGUUUUCUGUUCUCUCUCUCCAAUACUGUAUCUAUGAACGUGUACUCAUGGUAUUUGUGAUAUUUCAAUGUACUUCACACAAUAUAUGAAAAUAAAUAGCAACUUUCUACCGACACCUACAGAACUUUUACUUUGUCUUUUUUUUUUGGUGCAUCAUUUGGUCACAUGGUGUUGACGUGGUUGGUACUCUCACCUUAGAACAGGAAGAUGAGGAGGUCCAGCCUGUGCUGCUGCUGCUGCUGAGGGUGGUGGUCCUGAGUGGAGGUCACAGCUUCUCCUCCACCUCUGACAGCUUCUGUAAUUGACCUCAGGUGUGAAGCCUGCCCCCAUCUGAUGACUGCAGGAAUUGGCUGCGUUGA